UGCUCAUUUCUUUACAUAACCUCUUACUCUGUCUCUCUCUUCUGAUUCUUUGUGAAAGAAGCGUGUGUGGUCUUUUAGCCUAAGCAAAGUUCAACUUCUGGUGAUUCCAUCUCAAAAGCGUUGGAUUUUCUUGAAGAACUCAUUUGUGGAAGCUCCGAUUCUGUUCAUUUCAGUUGGUGUAACUAAAUGGCACAACGUCCAGUUGUACCAAAGUUCGGCAACUGGGAUAGUGAGGAUAAUGUUCCUUACACGGUAUACUUUGAGAAGGCUAGGAAAGGUAAAAAUGGUGCGAAGAUGAUAAAUCCAAAUGACCCCAUGCAGAAUCCUGGCAUGUUCCCUACAGCUCAAGUGACACCUGCAGCAGUUAAAAAUGCACCAAAAGAACCAGUAGGUAGGAAAGCAGUUAGACCAAAAACACUUGACAUCCAUUCAAGCAGUGAAAGUGGUGGUGGUCCUCGACGUGAUAAUAACGUUGGCCGUCAAAAUGGUGGUACUGGUUCAACAAAUCAGAACCGCAUAGGCAAUGGAUCAUUACAAGGUUCUGGUCGACCCAGAAAGCAAAAUGCGGGAUCAGAGCACCGUGUCAACCAAUCACCACUCGAUCCACAAUACCAGGCAAAGCUAAUUGGAAAAGGUAGUGGUUCUUCUUGGGAAAGUAAGCAUUUAAAUGAUAGUGGCCAUGGGACAACUGAAAGAUCCAGAAUGAAGCCAGUGUCUACAGGAGUUGAAUCCCCUGAUAAAGGAGCUGCAGUUCCACGCUUUGGUGAGUGGGAUGAAUAUAACCCUUCCGACAAUUUCACCGAAAAAUUUAACAAAGUGCGGCAGGAAAGGAACGCAAGCUCCACCGCAGUAUCAGGCACAAACACAGGUCCUGCAGGACGAGCUUAUGCUGAUAAACGGAAGCAAAUUAAUUACAACAAAAAAAAGUUCUCUUGGAGGAGCUGGUUUCCAUGCUUUAGAAAGUCAAGAGCAGUUUCCUGAAAUAUGUGCUUCAAGCAAGCUGUUUGUUCCGCUUAAAUUGCAGUGAAUGAAGUUUCUGUGUACGGAAGCAGACUUUGCAUCCAUUAUAUUUGUUUGAUCCUGGACACUAGAUAUUUAUUUAACCGUCGGAAAACAUCUGCCAGUUAAAACGUCCCUGACAAGGACCCCUCUAUCUGUUAACAAGUAAAUGAGUUUUUGUAUGCUUUUAUAUUUCCUUCCUUCUUACGUUUGAUUGUACCCCUCUGUGGGUAACAAGUAAAUGAGUUUUUGAGUUUUUGUAUGCUUUCA